CGCUCCCCCUUCUCUCCUCCUCCCCCUCCCCGUCUCUCUCGCUCCCUCCUCUCCUGCUCCUGCUUGCCCAGCGCAGUUGUGAACCAUGGCGGCGACUCUUGAUAACGUGGCACCUCUCUCGCGUUGCCUCCCUCUCUCUCCCUUUAGUUUUAUUUUCAUCCUCUGUCUCCUGUCCUCCCUUACUCUCAAUUAUUCUUUUUCCUCUCCUGACUCUUUACAAAACACCGGUAACUCCGCGAACGGGCAAGCCGGUUUACUGCCUCCCUACGACGGCUUGUACCUGGCGGGUGUCCGCGCCUACUUCGCGGAGGAGUGGGAGAAAGCGGUGGAGUAUUUGGAGCGCUCGCUGCAGACCCGAGCCGCGCUGGACCGGGUGAAGCGAAGCUGCCUCGCCGGGUGUGCGCUGGACGGGUUCGGCUCCGAGGCUGCGGCGGGGGGCGACAGUUUAUCGGAUCUGAAGUUUUUUUGGACUGUGCUGAGACGAGCCGAGUGUCUCCUGUUCUGUGAACGGAACCAACUCGAACCUACGGCGCGGUCCGCAGUGUCAGAGGACGUGCUGGCGGAUUUUGAGAGUCGGAACCCCUAUAACUAUCUGCAGGUCGCGUAUUACAAGUUGAAGAAGGUUGAGAAGGCAGUAUCAGCAGCGCACACGUUCUUUGUGUCGAACCCAAAUCACCUGGAGAUGAAGCUGAACUUGCGGAACUACAGGAAGAUGAAGGGAGUGAAAGAGGAGAGCUUCACUGACCUGGAGAGCAAAGCACACUGGUUCCAGUUUGAUGCUGCUUUGUUGUCAGAAGGACAGGGUGAUUUCCUGGCUGCGGCAGAGCACUGGGAGGAGUGUGUGAGAGAGACACUGACUGCAAUAAACGAGUGCAGAGCGCUGUGUGAGGGGCCAUACCGUUACCAUGGAGAGGAGAGUCACCUGACCGACAAGAGAGACCUCUACCAGAGCACUGCAGACCAUUUUUUGCAGGUGCUCUCCUGCCGUCAGUCCUGUGUCUCUCAGGUGGCGACUCGCCCCGGACGUAUUUCCGCAGUCGAGGAUUUCCUGCCCUCCAUAUUUGAGCACCUACACUUCACCUAUUACAAGGCUGGCAGGAUUGACAAGGCUCUCGAGAGUGUGAGAACCUUCCUGCUCUUCUACCCUGCGGAUGAGCCCAUGCUGGAGAACCUGCAGUACUACCUCCAGACUGCGGGGGGUGCUGCGGGACAGGCUGUCACUGCAAGAGAGGAAAUCUCAGCUUUUGUGAACCAGUCCCUCGGAGAAAAAAAAUUACUUUACUUUGGAGUCAAAAACCUUGGAAUUACAUUCAACGAUCCAGAUUUGUGGACCCCGGAAUCUGUCAUCCCAGAAUCAAUAUUGGAAGAGUGGAGAUCUGAGAAGGAUAAGCGAAGAAGCGAGAAAGGAGAAGAGAACAAGGGGGAUCAGGCUGACUUCAUUGAAGGUGGCGCUCUCCCUCUCCCUGGUGUUUCAGUCUCUCAGGACUCUCUCUCUCUGAAUGGGUCCCUCCGCUCGGUUCUGGAUGGGGUUUUGAACCCAGAAGAGUGCGGUGCCAUCCUGAGGCUGGCCAAGGCCGCAGCAGCGUCAGGUGACGGCUACCGGGGGCGACGGUCUCCCCAUACCCCGCACGAGAAAUUUGAUGGUCUGACCGUGUUGAGAGCGCUCAGGCUGUCUCAGGAGGGCUUUGUCAGCCAGUUAGACGCCCGCUUGUUCUUUGAUGCUGGUGAACGUGCUCGGCUCCUCCUCCAAUCAUAUUUCAACAGCCCCUCCCCCCUGUACUUCUCCUUCACUCACCUGGUGUGCAGAGCGGCCGUGCCAGGGGAGCAGGAGGGCAGGGUUGAUCUCUCUCACCCAGUCCAUGCUGAUAACUGCCUCCUUGAACCCGAGACCAGGCAGUGCUGGAGAGAACCACCAGCCUACAUACACCGGGACCUCAGUGCGAUCCUGUAUCUUAAUGAAGAUUUCGAAGGAGGAAAUUUCUUCUUCAGUGACCUGGAUGGCAAAACGGUCACAGCGGAGGUCUCUCCUCGCUGUGGGCGUCUCCUUGGCUUCACCUCGGGCUCGGACAAUCCUCAUGGGGUGCGAGCCGUCACCAGGGGGCAGCGCUGCGCUCUCGCUCUGUGGUUCACUCUGCAGGAGACACAGGCCGACCAGGAGCGGAAGGAAGCUGAGUCAAUUUGGACAGAGAUUCUGGAGGAAGAUGGAAGAAGUGUGGGAGAGGAGGGGAAGGAGGAGAGGGUGGCAGAGAGCAAUGACCCCAUCCCGCAGCCCCCCCGCUCUGGGAGACUGAGAGAGGGAGCGAGAGAAAGGAGGAGGGAGAGAGUAGGGUGGAGAGAUGAGCUGUGAGAGGGUGAGGGAGAGAGGGAGGAGGAG